UGUAAAGACAUAAGUGCUAGGAAACUCCUGCAGUUCUGAGCAAGUGUCACCCACAAGACAAACCCAGCCAUUCAGGUUGGGUUUUAGUUCCUGUCUCAAACUCAACGCCCCCUUCCUUUAAAAUAUUGUCUGUGGCUGUUCACAACGCUGUUCUUAUUCUCUGUCGUGAUACAAGCUGACUCAACUCUUCAAAUAUGUACCACAUCAAUACUACACAGACUGAAUCAAAAAACUUUACGAAUGUCAGCAGCGUGUUCACACAUCAGGUUCUGCCUGUACUCUACUCCAUCAUCUGCGCUUGUGCCUUCGUCCUCAAUGGACUCGCCGUUUGGAUCUUCUACAGGGUUCCCAGCUCCUCAUCCUUAGUAGUUUACCUAAAAAACAUGUUGGUGGCAGAUGUUCUGAUGCUGUUUACCUACCCGUGGCGUGUAGUGGGUGACCUUGGUUAUGGUGGCUUGCAGCUGAAGCUGAUAGUUUGCCGCUACACUGCUGUGCUUUUCUACCUCAGCUUGUACACAGGAAUAACCUUCAUGAGCCUCAUCAGCUUGGAACGUUACUUUAAAAUUGUCCGCAGCACCUCUGCCGUGUCUUCCUUUCUGCAGCGCAUUUCGGUAGCGAAGGCUCUUGGACUGCUGACUUGGGUCAUCAUGAUGUUCUUCAUGCUGCCAAACUCCAUUUUAUCUAACCAGCCCAUACCUAAGGAUUUCUCCUGCAUGGCCGUCAAGAGCGACCUAGGACGGCGCUGGCACGAAAUUUCAGCCCACUUCAAUGUUGGAAUCUUCUGGGUGGCUUUCCUGCUAAUGGUGUUUUGCUACACCUCCAUCGCCUGUCACGUGUACCGCUCUUACAAACGGGUGCAACAGGAUAGCAGCCAGACGGGAAGGCGGUCAAAUCGAAGCAUCUUUAGUUUGUUGGCUGUGUUCGUCUUUUGCUUUGUUCCCUACCAUGUUUGUCGUGUGCCCUACACAAUAAGCCAAAUGCCCAAAGCUGAUUUUAGUUCCUACAGCUGUUUCAUCCUCUUCCAGUUGAAAGAAGCUACGCUCUUCCUGACUGCCCUCAAUGUGUGUCUGGAUCCUGUCAUUUACUUUUUCAUGUGCAGGAGAUUCAGAGAGUUGCUUUUGAAGAAGAUGCCAUCUGUAAACCGCGAAAACAAGAGGCCUCCAACAGGCAUUGGGCUAAGUAUCAGCAUUCUGUAAAAUCAAGAGCAACAGAGGAAAUGAGCACUGGCCAUAUGUCAGAUGGAAAAGAUAUUUUGAUUUCAAAACCACAUGCUACC